UCAAAAACCCAACAAAGACAAAUCUCUCUCUUCUCUCCUGAUGAAUUCGAUGUUCAGUGCCUUCGACGACAUGUCCGCAGAGAUUAUGGGGAAGAAAGUCACCGCAGCGUCUUAUGUCUGCAACCCCUCUCAAGCUGCUUCUUCCGGUGGUGGCGGUGGUCAAACUGUGUCUUUGCUGAAGAAAGACGAAAACGCUACCAGUUUGGCGAAGAAGCAACCGAGGUAUGCUCUGGAGCUCGACGGGAUUCAUUGCUUCGAGACCAUUGUUCGUUCUUGAUUCCAACCAAGAUUACACAUCUUUUUUUUUGUUCUAAUCCAUCAUGUAAAUACACUUUCCGGAAAAAAAAAAGAUUUAAAUUCUUAAUUAAAAUCAUCCUUUUGUGGUUGGUUCAUCUGUUUU